AUGGCGCUGCGAGCAGUAUUUCAUUUUCAACAUCGUCAGUCAAUCCAGCGUGUAUCUGCUGCAUCUUGUGGUUCUUCUUCAAUGAAUGCUAAUACCAAAGGAUUCCUUUUACUCAUCAUUACAGUUCUACUUAGUUUAUUCAUUCUGAGCUAUGUUCUAUCGUCAGACGAAAGACUUUCCAGUUAUUAUUUUUCUGCUACAGAAAGGAAAACAACAAAUAGAAAACAGCCCACAUCAUCCUUUAGUGGAAACUUAUCUAGGAAUGUAAACACUGUUGUGAUCUUAUGGUACAAUUUUCCUUCCUAUUUGAUGAAUUUUGUGCAAAAUUUCAAAAGACAAAAAUGUCAAAAUGAAGGAGUGAAUUGUAUAUUAUCAACAGAUAAUUCUGAUCUCAACAGAAGUAGUAUUGUGAUUUUUACGCAUCGAACUCUUCCAAAAACUCCUCCUCUGAAGAUUGCAUCACAGGUUUGGGUUUUUAAUACUCUAGAAAACAAACGUUUUACAGUCUGGCCAAAUUCUGCCUGGCAAAAUGCAUUUGAAUGGAUCAUGUCUUAUCAGAGAACUGUUGAUAUCUCCAGACCGUACGGUAAAAUUAUCAGACUGGACAAAAGUAUAGAAAGAAACUAUUCUGAGGUUUUUCGUCAGAAGAAAAAUUUCGGUGUUUGGAUGGCUAGUCAUUGUCCUACGCCAUCUCGUCGGGAAAAAUACAUUAAAGAAUUGCAGAAAUACAUUGAAAUAGAUACGUUUGGAACAUGUGGAAAGAGAAAGUGUGGGGUUCAUAAUCCCAACAUGAAUGAGUGUCUGAGGAAUUUCUCUAGGGAUUAUAAGUUUUAUUUCGCCUUCGAGAACAGUAUUUGUACAGAUUACUCAACAGAAAAGGUGUUUAACUUAUAUGCAUAUAAUUUAAGCAUCAUAACGGUUAUAAAUGGUCCACCCCAAGCAGGUGAAUAUUUACCCAAGGAAACCUUCUUAAGCACAUUGGAUUAUACUUCUCCGAAGUCUUUGGCAAAAAAGCUAAAGGAAAUCGGAUCAAGUGAACGUUUAUAUACUCAAUAUCUGAAAGAAAAGGAUAAAUAUAUUUCGCUAGAGCAAAUUGAAAUUUUUCGAGAAGCAAUGUGCUCUACUUGCGAAAUUCUUAAUCAACUUGGAGGGAAAAAAGUAUCCAUCAAACCGAAGUUGAAGUCUGUGUAUGGAAAAGGAUGCUAAGAUGGCCGGGAAAUGUUUGAAAAAAAACCUUGGUCAACUUGGAGGGAAGAAAAUAUCACACACAAAUCAAAUUUUAUGUCUGUGUAUGGAAAAUUUAAGACGCCUUAUGUAUCAAGGGACAGUUUCGGAUAAAGUACCCGUCAUUUUUAUUUUUAAAUUGAGAGUUGCUGUACUUGAAAGCUUAUGAGUGUUGCUAAAAUUCAUGAGAUGAUUUUUGGGAUUUGAUUUUAAUCAACUCUCCUAUGCAGUUACUCAGACAAACCGAAAGUGAAACAGUGUUUGAACCUCAGCACAAAUCAUCGCUGCUGACAAGACUUAAUUAAUUCUUGAAAACAAUUGAUAAAUUCGUUGUAAUGUAUGCUAAAGCAUUGUUUUUCAAGGAAACUUAUUUAUAAAUACCUUGAAAAUAGUCAGAUUUUAAAUGGAACAAACAAUUUAGAUUUUUUUGUAGUCGUAUGUAUUCCUACGCCAGAGUUCAAUAAACAAUGUAGUCUCGUUCAACUCGACGCACGGCUGUCUCCGUAAAUCUCUGACAAGCAGAGAUUCUCUCUUGCUUGUCGGAGAUAUACGGUGUCCGCCGAGCGUUUGGUUGGACGAGACUAGAGUUCAAUAUUGCUUAGAUCCACACAAUAUUCGAGAAAUAUUUCUAUUACUGAUACAUAGUUUGAUUGAAUCAAUUUUAUCUUUAAAUAUUAUUUAACAUGAUUCUUAUGGGAGUUUCUCGACAUUCAUGUCGAAAAAGUCCAAAAAAUCAUAUUAUAAAAAUGUGCGUAAUACAAAUACAAAUUAGAAACCACAUGUACUUGUCAUGCAAAAUAACAUAUCGUUGAUUUUGAAAUAAAUAAACAUCGACAAAAUCAGCUCCCGUCAGUUCUUCGGUACUUUGAUUAAUGAUUAUCAUUAGUUUUAAAAACCAGUAAGUAGAAAAUUGUACAGGUUUUGACUAGUACUUGUCUUCGGAAAUUGGUGAUUGGCCUUAUAAAGAGUGAAUUAAAGGUAUUUGUGCUGAAUGAGAACUGAGGAAAUUACAGUUACAGGGUUCCGAAGACACGCAUCCCCUGGAUACAAUGAAUUGUAUCAACAACAACAAAAAACUGUCCCGUGCCACCUUCUAAAUGUUUGCAAAAUUUCUUUAAAAAAAUCAAAUGUUAUGCUAGUACACGUACAUGUAUAGAAAAGGUUGUUAAAAAUACGCCGUAAAUGUGAACGCAAAUAUUUUACUUACAUAUAAAAAAGUGAAUAGACAUUGAGUCCCUCCCCCUUACAUUAUGGGGAGCAUGUAAAAUAAACUGGAGUGAAAUUGAAGUUAAAGUGUUCAUGAUUUUGAGAAAUUGUGGUUUUUCUUUUAUUGCUUGUCAAGAUUUUUUGUAUGAGUCUGCCUCAUCUCCCUCCUACUUUUGAUUCAAGCAAAAACUAUGUAUAUUUCUUGUUUACAUAUCAAUGCAAUAAAAUUGGGUAAUACAUCGUGCAUUAUCAUGUGAUUGCUAUAAAUAUUUCUAUGUUUUACGGGACGCCAGAAGGUGGUCCGUUAUUUGAUAUACAUUUAGAUAUUGUAACUGCGUUUUUGGGGGAUAGCUUUUUAUAGAAUUAAUAUCAUGCUUAUGUUUAUGAAUUAAAAGUAA